CUGAGCAGUGACCACUUUUAAAUACGCAUGCGCCCACUCCUCGAUCGCUCGCAGCACUGAGCUCGAUCGUGCGCGCGCGCGCACGACGCAGCAGCGGCUAGUGGCACUCAGAGCGCGCCACGGCGGGCGCCAGCAUGAGCACCGCGUGUCACGGCGUUCGCGGCUUCUUCUCGAUCUCGGCGGCGGCGAUGACGAUCGUCGUCACCACCGCCGUCGUCCUCCUGUCCGGCCCGCAGCUCGCCGCCGGGGCGCGCGUCCUGAUCAACCACGCUGAACUCCGGCGGCGCGACAUUGCCACCGCCGGCGGCGGCGGCGGCGGCGGCGACGGCGCGUGCGCGACGGCCGUGGCGCCGUUCGGCUACCCCUGCGAAGAGCACGAGGUGACGACGCAGGAUGGCUACAUCCUGGGCUUGCAAAGGAUCCCGAGGGGACGCAUCGGCGGCGUCACCGGCGGCGGCGCGGCGGCGGCGCGGCAGCCGGUGCUACUGCAGCACGGUGUACUCGUGGAUGGCAUGACAUGGCUGCUGGGGUCGCCGGAGGAGUCGCUGCCGUACAUCUUGGCCGACCAGGGCUUCGACGUCUGGAUCGCCAACAACAGGGGGACCCGCUGGAGCAGCCGCCACGUCUCACUCGAUCCCAAAAGCCGGAGCUACUGGAACUGGUCAUGGGACGACAUCGUGGUCAACGACAUGCCUGCAAUCGUUGACUACGUUUGCAGCCACACCGGCCAGAAGCCACACUACGUUGGCCAUUCAAUGGGGACGCUGGUGGCGCUUGCAGCUUUCUCCGAAGGCAGGAUGGUUGACAAGCUGAAAUCAGCUGCGCUGCUCAGCCCUGUCGCGUAUCUGUCUCACAUUACCACUCCCAUUGGCGUUGUGUUAGCUAAAGCAUUCGCUGGAGAGCUCAUCUCUGAUCUCCUUGGCAUCGCCGAGUUCAACCCAGCAUCGCCUCAAGUGUCCAACUUGGUUAGAACGUUCUGUCGUAAGCCCGGGAUGAACUGCUACGAUCUCCUCACAUCUUUCACUGGAAAAAACUAUUGUCUGAACAAUUCAGCAGCCGACAUCUUCCUCAAGUACGAGCCCCAGCCAACGUCCACAAAAACCUUGAUCCAUCUCGCUCAAACGGUGAGAGACGGGGUUCUGACCAAGUACGACUACGUGAUGCCGGACGCGAACGUGGCCAGGUACGGGCAGGCCGACCCGCCGGCGUACGACAUGGCGGCGAUCCCGGCGUGGUUCCCCAUCUUCCUCAGCUACGGCGGCCGGGACUCGCUGUCCGACCCCGCCGACGUCGCCCUCCUCCUCGACGACCUCCGCCGCGGCGGCCACGCCGGCGACCGGCUCACCGUGCAGUACCUUCCCCAGCUCGCCCACGCCGACUUCGUCAUCGGCGUCUGCGCCAAGGACCUUGUCUACAACGACGUCAUCUCCUUCUUCCGUCGAUUUCACUAAAAAAAGGGAAAGAACUGAAUAAAUCAAAACAAAAUAUAGCUGGCAUAUAUUCACUAGUAGUGAUUAAGUAGCUAAUUAAUUUGGAGGUCUGAGAAAAUUAUAUAUACUAGUAUAGUUGAUAUACAGUUACAUGAAAGAUGAUAAAUGGAAAUGGGACCAAAAUUUUACAAUAGAAUAAGAUAUAGAGAGAUGGCAUUUGGGCCAUAUCGAUUUUUUUUAAUUUUUUCUAAGAUACUUAUAUGUGGCAAUGCGGGUCCUGCCUAUUUUAAUUUUAUUUUUUUUUUCCAAACUAUGAAUGCCAUGUAAACGUUACAUAGGCGCUGCGAUACAUAAACGACCAGGUCUAAGUGCUAAGCAAGCGCCUCGUAGCAUGAAACAAUAAUUAAAACUACCGAAACCUAAAUUGAUCAGGUUUUAAUAAUAGCU